AUGGAGGACGAAAUCGAAUCUAUACUCUACAUUGGCCGCGAAGUGUCUGUCUACAAGAUUCCACCACUCAAGAAGAACGAAGGCCAUCGAGCAGGGGAAUGGGGUGACCUCGCUGCUCCGCUUUGGAAAGGUCGUCUCCGGAUUGUCGAAAAGUCGUCUGGGGCAUCGUUGAUGUUUGAGGAUGCGCAGAAUGGUGAGUUAUUUGCCAAAGCUGAGUAUGACAUCGCACGACCAUGUGUGGAGGCUGUCUUAGACUCCUCGCGUUAUUUUGUCGUUCGGGUGGAGGAUGAAGGGCGGAAGGCAUAUCUCGGAAUGGGUUUCCAGGAGCGAUCCGACAGUUUCGAUUUCAAUGUUGCUCUUCAGGACUACAGCAAGCGACGUCGUAUUGCACUAAACCCGCCUGAGGCUGAAGAAUUUACACCAUCACCCCAUAUCCCUGCCGGUCCCAAGAAAGACUAUAGCCUCAAGGAAGGCCAAACUUUUUCGAUCAACAUACCAGGCCGCGGGAGCAAAGCCACGACAACGAGCGCAACUCCAAAUCUUCUGGGUGACUUUGCUGGCCUCUCAUCAUCUACCUCCUCGAAUAGCUCAGCCUCUUCUGGCGGCGGCUUUCCUUUGCUUCCGCCUCCCCCAAGUUCUGGGCGGAAGCGGACAUAG